CUAGAUUUUCCCAUCCAGACUAGCUGUGUCUGAACAGCGGUAGCUCCGCGUUUCCCGCCGUUUGUCUUCCCGCUCGUCGUCCCUCCGGUUGCCCUGCUAUCCACGCACCAGCUGUUCCCAGCAAUCCGUUUCCGUUGUUUCGGGCCGAUCCGUCCGCUUUUGUAGCCGCAUCGAUAUGGCAGAUCACCCCGAGGACGAGGAGUUGGAACUAACGUACGAAAUCGAGGAUGAAGGAGACGCGUUAAAAACAGGGGACGGAGAAGGCCAUAACGAGGAUGAAGAGAGGAAACGCACUGCUGGUGGCGGAACAGCCGGAAGCGGCGGGAUUGACGGCGGCGGAAGCGGCGGCGGCGGAAGCGGUGGUGGCGGGGACGGCGACGGGGGACGAGGCGGCCAGGGGGAAGGCGACGGGGCAAUUUCCCAGAACGUGCAACCGGGGGGGAACGCACAGCAGCCGGAAGGAGGCGGAAGUUCCGCCCAAGCGCAGCGCCCCGCGCAGGACGUGGCGGGGCAUGUGGGGAUUGGCGGCGCAAUUCCAGGCGCGCAGCAGCAGCAUAGCGGGGGAGGGGGAGGGGGAGGGGGGUUUGAGGGUUUGGCGGUGUUUGUGGGCGAUCUGCACUGGUGGACGACAGAUGCGGAUAUAGAGGCAGGGGCGUCGGAGUAUGGCAAGGUGGUGGGGGUGAAGUUCUUUGAGGAGAAGGCCACAGGACGAUCCAAGGGGUACUGCCAGGUUGAUUUCGCCGAUGCAGCAGCAGCACGUGCUUGUAAGGAGAACAUGGCUGGCCGCCUCUUUAACGGCCGUGCGUGUGUAGUCACACCUGCCACCCCCCAAACCCUAAGGCAUCUAGCUAUGGCUUCUGCCCAAGCCGGCCCCCACAUGGGGCCUGGGGGCAUGGGGGGAGAGGAGGAGGGGGAAGGGGAGCUGGUGCAGGGGGGAUGCCCUUCCCCGGAGGGCCGCCUAUGGGGUGCUACAGCGAGUGGGGAGUAUUUUGAAGGGGAGGGAGGGGGGAGUAAUCAUAGGGGAGGCGGUGGGAAGACCGUGGAGGAAGGCAAUGAGUGAGGAUGGUGUUUCUGGUUGGAUUAGGCUUCAAGCUGUCAAUCUGAUUAUGAUUAGGGAUGCUGGAGACAGCUGCUUCAGCUGCUUGUUGGAAAUACCUCGAAGACUUGAGCGUUUCUGAAGUGUAACACUACACUCGAGAAAAGUCGUAUCGAGUACGCGAGUCAACGGAGGUUACACGAGGAGGUUGGACGAAAGAAUACGAAAGGGCGAAGGGACUCGAAGGGUCGCAACCGGAGGUUGCGAUUGACCGCUGCGACUGCAAGGGUGGUAACCGAACCGACAAUCGAGUCGCUGUGCGACUCGAUAACCGUUCCUUCAACUGUAUUCUACAACUGCCUCAUUUCUUAAUUUUCUAUAUAUUGCUGUAUGCUUGUUUCUUUUAAUCAAUCACUUGCUCUCAC